UAAUGUAAGUUUUGUUUCCUGCUGCUGAAUUACAAUAAUGGCGACUGCUGAUCUGAGAGAGGAGCUAACCUGCCCCAUCUGCCUGAGCAUUUAUACAGAUCCUGUAAAUCUCAGCUGUGGCCAUAACUUCUGCCUGGGCUGUAUUAAGAGUGUGCUGGGUACCCAGGAGGGGUCUGGGGUUUAUUCCUGUCCUGAGUGCAGAAAGGGAUUCAGUAACCGACCUGAGCUGAAGAGGAACAUAGCGCUGUGUAAUGUAAUGACGCAUUUACAGAUUACUCAGCCAGAGCAAAAAGACACCGGGGUCUUCUGCACUUACUGUGUUCACUCUCCUGUACCUGCUGCUAAAUCAUGUCUGCUGUGUGAGGCUUCUCUGUGUGAUACCCACCUGAGGGUACACAGCAAGUCUGAGGAACACGUCUUAACUGAACCCACCACUUCCUGGGGUAACAGAAAAUGCUCCAAACACAAGGAGCUACUGAAAUAUUACUGCACUGAGGACGCUGCCUGUAUCUGUGUGUCCUGCAACCUGGCCGGAGAGCACAGGGGACACCAGGUGGAGCUGCUGAAUGAGGCUUCUGAGAAGAAGAAAAAGAAACUGAGAAAUGUUCUGCAGAAACUGAGCACAAAUAGAGAGAAGACUGAGAAAAGAGUCCAGAGUCUGCAGGAGCACAGGAGAGGGGUGCAAGAGAAAGCAGCUGGUGUAACAGAGCGACUCACUGCCCUGAUUAGGGACAUCAGGAAACAGCUGGAAGACCUAGAGAAGCGAGUCCUGAGUGACAUCACCCAGCAGCAGGAGCAGGUUUUACUCCCAAUCUCUGAUCUGAUCCAGCAGCUGGAAAAAGAGAAGGACGAGCUGACCAGGAAGAUGAGUCACAUUGAGGAGCUGUGCAACAUGACUGACCCAUUAACUGUCCUACAAGAACAGGAAUCACACAGAGAUGACUUUUGUGGUGCUGAGAAGGGAGAUAAUGAGGUCACACAGAGAGGUGAUAAACAGGUCCCUGCUGGGGGGGAUUUAGAUGAGGAUCUGAUCUCAGUGACCUUAUACAGAGGUUUAGCUGAUAUUGUGACUGAUGUAAAGAGAGAUAUCUAUAUGCAGGUUACAUCAGACAUAUUAUUGGAUAUAAACACAGCUGCUAAUGAUGUUAUUGUAUCAGGUGACCUGAAAACUGCAUCCUGGUCAGAUAUAAACCAGCAGCGACCAGGAACACCAGUGAGAUUUACACUUGCUCCUCAGGUAUUAAGUACCAGGAGCUUUUCCUCAGGACGACAUUACUGGGAAGUGCAGAUCAGUAAAUCAGGGGACUGGCGUGUAGGGGUUUGUUAUACCAGUAUGGGGAGGGGAGGAGAUCAGUCUGUGAUAGGAGAGAAUAACAAGUCCUGGUGUUUGUAUAGUGAUUAUAAUAAAGGUCUUUACAUGAUACAUAACACAAUAAACACCUUAUUACACCCCCCUCUAUCAUGUGACACAGUAGGAAUACUGCUGGAUUAUAAGGCUGGUUGUCUGACCUUUUAUGAGCUGUGUGACCCGAUCAGACACUUACACACCGUCACUGUCACCUUCACUGAGCCUCUUCAUGCUGCAUUUAAUAUAUGGGAUGAUGGUGCCUGUGUGAGAAUCCUGCGCUAGAUACACUGUCACAUAAUAAUAAUGCUGCAUUCUGUGUAUAUAAAGAUGUUGCCUGUGUGAGAAUCCUGCACUAGAUACACUGUCACAUAAUAAUAAUGCUGCAUUCUGUGUAUAUAAAGAUGGUGCCUGGGUGAGAAUCCUGCACUAGAUACACUGUCACAUAAUAAUAAUGCUGCAUUCUGUGUAUAUAAAGAUGGUGCCUGGGUGAGAAUCCUGCACUAGAUACACUGUCACAUAAUAAUAAUGCUACAUUCUGUGUAUAUAAAGAUGGUGCCUGGGUGAGAAUCCUGCACUAGAUACACUGUCACAUAAUAAUAAUGCUGCAUUCUGUGUAUAUAAAGAUGGUGCCUGGGUGAGAAUCCUGCACUAGAUACACUGUCACAUAAUAAUAAUGCUGCAUUCUGUGUAUAUAAAGAUGGUGCCUGUGUGAGAAUCCUGCACUAGAUACACUGUCACAUAAUAAUAAUGCUGCAUUCUGUGUAUAUAAAGAUGGUGCCUGUAUGAGAAUCCUGCGCUAGAUACACUGUCACAUAAUAAUAAUGCUGCAUUCUGUGUAUAUAAAGAUGGUGCCUGUAUGUGAAUCCUGCGCUAGAUACACUGUCACAUAAUAAUAAUGCUGCAUUCUGUGUAUAUAAAGAUGAUGCCUGUAUGUGAAUCCUGCGCUAGAUACACUGUCACAUAAUAAUAAUAAUGCUGCAUUCUGUGUAUAUAAAGAUGAUGCCUGUAUGUGAAUCCUGCACUAGAUACACUGUCACAUAAUAAUAAUAAUGCUGCAUUCUGUGUAUAUAAAGAUGGUGCCUGUAUGUGAAUCCUGCGCUAGAUACACUGUCACAUAAUAAUAAUGCUGCAUUCUGUGUAUAUAAAGAUGGUGCCUGUGUGAGAAUCCUGCGCUAGAUACACUGUCACAUAAUAAUAAUGCUGCAUUCUGUGCAUAUAAAGAUGGUGCCUGUGUGAGAAUCCUGCGCUAGAUACACUGAUAAUAAUAAUGCUGCAUUCUGUGUAUAUAAAGACGGUGCCUGUGUGAGAAUCCUGCACUAGAUACACUGUCACAUAAUAAUAAUGCUGCAUUAUGUGUAUAUAAAGAUGCUACCUGUGUGAGAAUCCUGCACUAGAUACACUGUCACAUAAUAAUAAUGCUGCAUUCUGUGUAUAUAAAGACGGUACCUGUGUGAGAAUCCUGCGCUAGAUACACUGUCACAUAAUAAUAAUGCUGCAUUCUGUGUAUAUAAAGAUGGUGCCUGGGUGAGAAUCCUGCACUAGAUACACUGUCACAUAAUAAUAAUGCUGCUGCCUGUGAGCCAGUGAUGUCUGUGUAUUGUGCACAUUGUGUAUGAACUGGGGAUGAAAUAAAAUAAAAUAUUUGUGCAUGAAA